GAUACCAAGGUUGAUGCAGGCUUUUUUGUGCGUAGCUAGCGAUUACUAUGUCAUCAAGUUCUCAUCUUGUCUUCUUGGCGACAAGGUUGGACUGUGGACGGCAUUCUGUCUUGGAACCAAUUGGUUUCUUUUUUCUGUGCUUCUCGUACACUCACUAAUACCACAGAAAUGGCAUUUACUAUGUUUGGUUUGUACCUCUACCCAUGGUCAAGACAUUCAGUUUCAAGGACAGCUCAGAAUGGAAAUACCUUGUGUUUAUUGGACUUUCCUGUUUGAUACGGCCGACAGCUGCCAUCUUUUGGUUCCCUCUGUGCUUAGAACACUGGUGCCAUACAAGUCUUCGCUACUGGCCAAGAUUACUUGGAAGUUAUGUUAUGGUUGGGACAGUCAGUCUACUCUUCUUAAUAAUUGCUGACUUCACCUUCUACAAAGAGUGGAUUUUUUCCCCGUAUAACUUUCUUCUGUUUAACUGGACUCGAAACAUUGGUGCUAUGUAUGGGACUCAUCCAUGGCACUGGUACUUUACCCAUGGGAUUUUUGUGGUGAUGACUGUCCAUCUUAUUCCUUUUAUACAAGGGCUUAAACUUCCCCGAGUGCGUCCUCUAAUAAUAACUAUAUUUUGCUUUAUAGCUGUGUUCAGUUUUCUAAGUCAUAAAGAAUUCCGUUUCCUGUUACCAGUGCUACCUUUGGCCAUGUGCAUUUCUGGAGCUGGCCUACAACAAUAUCAUAGUCGCUCUGUUUCCAUUGUGAUAGCUGCCAUCAUAUUGCUUGUUAAUGUACCAUUAGCUCUUUACACUGGUAUCUACCACCAGAGGGGGACAUUAGAUGUAAUGAAUUUCCUUGGACAGGAGAUAAAGUCAGCCAAUGAUACAGUAGAUAUUCUUUUCUUAAUGCCUUGUCAUUCUACUCCAUUCUAUAGUCAUAUACAUCGGAAUGUGUCCAUGCGAUUUUUAACGUGUGAACCGAACUUUGAAGAAACAUCAUCUUACGAGGAUGAGGCCGACAUUUUCUUCCGCAACCCGACCACGUGGCUUGAGGAGAAUAUCAAACAAGACGUUACCAGCAGUACAUUCUCUUCACAGCCUUCCCAUCUUGUCCUGUUUGACUCAUUACUUUCACAGAUAAGCAGCUUUCUUAAAGCUCAUGACUACAUUUUGUGUUUUCAGACAUUUCACACUCACUUUCCCGAAACUAGGACAGGUAGAAAUGUCUUUGUCUUUUGUAAGAGGAAUAAUUGAAAUGAAGUAAUAAUUUUACCCUCAAGGUUGUGAUAGCGUAACAGAGGUUACUCUUUUAAAGGUUACUAGAAAACAGAUUUCAUAUAUGACCCUUUAAUCAAUGUCGACAUCGUUACGAACUUGGGAUAUACUAACACUCUAAGUGGGUUAAAAGUUAAGGUGCUGUGUUCCCUAUUUAUAGAAAAUUGAUAUCAUGAUAUUUUUGAUAGAUUAAUUAUGUAUGGCAUUAGAUGUUAAGACAUUUCUUCUGUCCAACAAGGUGUAACUUCUUUACAAUGUCUACAAGUAACCUACCAUCAUUCUACUGUUUAUGUUGUAUAGAUCAAGAGGAUUUAAUAUCUAUAGACAUCAUUUUUAGCAUCAUAAGUACUGAAAUUUACUGUUGCGAUACCAAACUUAACAAUAAAAAAACAUUAGUUUGGUGUUUGCAGAUAAGAACACUGAAAUAAACUUGUCUGGUCAGCAUGUAACAUUUUAAUUUCAGUAUUACAGUAGGAUGAAACUACUUGACAGGUCAAGCUCAGUUAAUAAAAAUAUAUCAAAAUUAAAUCAAUUUAAAUGAUAGAAUGUAAUGGUAACAGUUAUUGUAGCUUUACAGCAUAACAACAUAUAUUCAAACAUUGUGCCAAAGGUACAACCCUCUGUGUGGCAGUCGUAAAUGAUAAAUUUAGGAUUGGGGCCAAGUAUAGUCCAGUGGCUAGCAUGCUGGAUUGUCUGAGAUUCCAUGGUUUGCGGCCCAUUACCCUCGGGAAAACAAAUUACAUGCUGCAAUCUAGGGCUAUGGGUGUAUUAUAUAUGGGUGAGGGUCAAAUCCCACUGUUUGAAUAGAGUAGUCCAUGAGUUGGGGGAGGGGGGUUAACAAGCUGCAUUCUCUCUACUCUGUCAUUUCAUACUCAGAGCAGAUAGCCCUCACAUUCCUCAGGGAUAAACGUGCUCAUGCAUAUAUAGAUUUUUUUUUUUUACUACAUGCUUGAAGUAUAUUUUCUUCUUUAGACCGGAAAUAUGUCCUUCCCUGUUUAACACCCCUCUCUCUCUAUUUACCAUUGGCUAAGAGUAUAAUGUUUGGCAAUGGUUUUAAUCAGUUGCCUCUUGUGUACGUUUUUACUUGGGUUCUUGUAAAUGAUCAUACUAUGAGAUUUUAUAAAAAUAGAUUCGUUAACAUUAAAUAAUUACUAACUGGAAGUAGUUGCAAAUAAUGUUUUUUUUGAAAGCCUUCUCUUUGACAGUACACAGUAUCGUUAAAUCUUGUGGCUUG